CCGCAACAUUCACGCCCCGCGCCCGUUGCAAGUAGUUUGCACGACCCACUACGUAAAGUGCGUAAACCAACAGUGGUGGUCGGUUCAUCAUUCAUAACAGUGGAGCAGGCGGUCUGUCACUGAGCGGUGGUAUCAAGUACAAAAUUACGAGGCAAGAUGUCGAAACGGAGGAUCACACAGGAAACGUUUGAUGCUGCUGUCAGGGAAAACAUGGAGGAAUUUGAGAUGGAUCCUGACGAGGCUUUGAGGGAGGCUGUGGAGCAGUUUGAGUCUCAAGGUGUGGACCUCACUUGUAUAGUAAAAGCUGUACCAGCUGCAUCAGCCGAUGAGAAACAAGAAGAGCAAACACAUGAGGUCUUACAGGCUUUGGAUUCUCUCCGAAUUGGGAAAGACAUAAAAUACAUAAAAUGCUUCACUGAACAGUGCUCACUUGGAUUUGCCCAGAGGUACCUGGCUGCCCAAAAAGACGCCUACCCCAUUAUCCUCUCCUACUGCAAAACGAGUGUGGAGGAGCAGGAAGCUGUGUUGGCCGCUCUGUCUGCUCUGGCUGCACUGACAGAUGGACAGCCAGACUUGUUGGAUGCAGAGGGUCAGCAGUUCCUUUUGGAUGUCCUUAACAAGUACCAGGCAGAUUCUUCUGUGACACGCAUGGCCAUCUGCGCUGUACGUCACUGCUGUUUGAAACAUGAACAGAACAGGCAGGAUUUGGUAAAAGGUGGAGUCCUGCCCCUGCUGACCACUUCCAUUACACGACAUAGUGGAUGUGAAGAGCUGGUGAAGGAGGCCUCUGCAGCUCUCAGGGUCAUGACCUUUGAUGAUGAUGUCCGAGUUACAUUUGGGCAUGCUCACGAACACGCCAAGAUGAUUGUUCUCGAGCACAAUGGACUGAAGGUUUUAAUUGAGGCCGCGAAAGCUCACCUUGAUAAUAUUUCUGUCCUGAGUGAGCUCUGUGCAACUUUGUCCCGUCUGGCUGUGAGAAACGAGUUCUGUCAAGACAUCUGUGAUCUGGGAGGAUUAAAACUCAUAAUGACGUUGCUUGCAGAUUCCUAUGAGACAGCGGAGUUGGUUCGGCAGGUCCUUAGUGCAAUACGAGCCAUAGCAGGAAAUGAUGAUGUGAAAGAUGCUGUUGUUAACACUGGUGGAGUCCAGCUCAUUGUCAUCGCCAUGAACAGACACAUGAGCAACUCUGCUGUGUGUGAGCACGGCUGUGCGUGCCUCUCUGUCCUUGCUUUGCGUAAACCCAACAACUGCAAAGUCAUCAUGGAUAAUGGGGGUGCCUUGGCUGCCGUGCAGGCAAUGAAGGCACAUACUGAUGCGGUCAAUGUGCAGAAACAAGGGUGUAUGCUGUUGAGAAACCUGGUUGCACGUAUGCGCAACUACAGCCAACCGAUCCUGGACAUGGGAGCAGAGGCCCUGAUAGCCCAGGCACUAAAGACCCACCAAGACUGUGGUGAUGUGGGUAAAGCCGCCCUCAGAGAUCUGGGAUGCCAGGUGGAGCUUCGAGAGCUGUGGACUGGCAAACAUGGCAGCCUCACCCACUGAAAGUACAGGAGAGCAUCACUGAAGACCAUACACUCACACAAUAAGUUUGUGUGCUAUUUUAGGGGAGAUAAAACUUUAGGAUGUUGGUAGAAACAGUAUUGAGGCCGAUGCACCUCCCUAGCUAGACAUAUUUGUACAGAGUAGUUAAUGUAGAGAAGACUUGUGAGCAGUGCAAACAACCAAGCCACCAGUCUCAUACAAUACCUUUAAGAGGUUGAAUAAAUUUUCCAGUCCUUUUUCUGUUUUUAACAAACAUAAAAGGUCAUUAAAGUCCCCUUGUAUAUGUUUUAUUUACUAUUAAUAUUUUGUUUACAAAUUAAUUUUUGAUGUCCAAUUUUAUAUCUGUUCUUGAGACGUUAAAUGUAAAUUUGUGAGUUUGGUGCCAUGGGUCAAUACAAAUGUAUUUGCUGUAUUGCAAAUAGUUAAACUGCAGUUUUGUGCAGUUCCCUUUCCUGUGUUGGCAGAGCCACAUUUUAACAUGCAUUGAAUGCCUUAUAUGUCAACUAGAAGAAAUCGUUUCUGUUUUUGUUUUUAGUUUGUUAUGCAUUAUGACAGUGUAAAACUGAAAUCUCCGUAGACCUACCACUGCUGACAGUAUAUAUUCUGCAUGACUAUGAUAAAACUCACUUUUGGUGUGUCAGCUUUA